AUGGCGGCGCAGGCUGGGGCAAAACAAACGACGGCAGCGCAGAUGAGCGCGUCUCCGGCGGCGGCUGCAGACGACGCGUGGUCCAGGCUUCCUGUCGAUCCUCUCAGUGUGGUCUACUCCAGGAUCCCUUCACCGCUCGAUCGAGUACGCUUCACCGGCGUGUGCAACUCAUGGCGCCAUGUCUUAUCGUGCCGACCGCCGCAGCCAGCUCUCCCGUGGUUGAUCCUCUCGCCGUACGAGGACGGCGCGGCAGAGCGCGUGUUCAGCCCCGUGGAUGGCACGGUGUUUCGCAUUCCCCUCCCGGCCAAAGCGAUCGGCAUGCGGCUAGUCGGAUCUCAUGAUGGUGGCUGGAUCGUCGCCGCGUCCACCGGUAAUGCCGCUACCUCGCUGGUGAUCGUGAACCUCUUUUCUGGCAUCGAGGUGCCACUUUCUGCCGUGCAACGAAGGAUCUUAGACGCACCAGUCCAGAAGAUCAUCUUCUCAGAGGACCCCACCUCAAAACGCUGCAUCCUUGCCGCCAUCUUGACGAACAGGAGCACGCUCGGGCUGUGCAAGGUUGGAUGCCGAGACCGCGGGUGGUCGAUGUCAGUACAGCCUAUCUUCUUCUCAGACAUUGCCUUCUGCCGUGGCACGCUCUAUGGCAUAAACAACCAUAACGAGUUAUUCAUGUUCGACCCCACUGCGUCGGUGGUCAGCGCCACAUACCCACUGCGCAUCCAAGAACCUAGCCGCAUAUAUUCGUGGGGAAACCCCAGGAUCAACUACAUUUUCACGCACAAUGACAAGCUAUUUAUGGCACAAAGGACCAAGUGGUCACAGGAGGGCGAGGUUUUCUUCAAGGUGUUUGAGCUCAGCAAAAUUGACAAAGACAAGACAACCGAAUAUGACUACAUGUGGGCAGAAGUGAUGUCAUUGGACAACCAUGCCUUGUUCUUGAGUGUGCCAUACUCCAAUUUUGUGCACGUGCCAAGAGGCUGUCAUGGCGAUGUGGAGAGAAACCACAUCUACUACAACCAUCCCCACGCAAGCAGUAUCAGUGAUGUCGUGCAACUGAACAUGUGUGACAAUGGCAACCAUAUGUAUCGCACGAAAGACCGCAAAAUCAGUGCCGUGGAUAGGAUCACGUCGUUCAGAUACUACAUGGCCAAUGGUUGUCCUACUCUCAUGUGGUUAAUCCCUCCAAAUUCCUAG